AUGCAGCUGCGACAGCGAGGGGUCGGAACUUCAGGUUGGAUCAGUUGCCCGUACCGGGCCUGGGCGAAGUCAAAGCUCAUCAGCCCGGCACCGAAAUGCUGCAGGGAGAAGUUCAAUCGGCCAGAAUCGGUGCGAGACUCACAGAUCAAAGAGGUGCGCUGGUCGGCUGCGCAUGCUACCGGCGCCAUGCAUGCUUGCAAGCCGCUCCUAGGCGGCUCUGGGAUGUUUUGCAGUCUCCCAAUCGUUGCACUGCACCCAAAAGCAGCGACUGACAUUGGCAUUGCUGUCCUAUUCCUGUGGCGGCAGGACCAGUUCACCUGCACAGCUUGA